AUGUUCAACUUUGUUCUACCGCUCGCUGUCUUUGCCACGCUCGCAACUCCUCUGUUGGCCGCUUGCGAAGGAUCCAAUGCGAGGGCUUCUCCCGCCGACCCUGAUCGCACAGUUGUUGUUGAUAAGUCGGGUGCAUACCCGGGGAGCUACAAAACUGUUGCGGAGGGUAUCUCCAAGUUAAACCAGAAUAAGAUAAACCUCUUCAUUCUUCCAGGCGAGUAUAAAGAAAAGUUGCUCAUCCCCGAGAGCUUGGAUCAGGUCGUUGUUCAGGGAUACACAUGUGAUACGACCCAAUACAAACAAAACACCGUGACGAUUACUCAAGCCACAGCAAGUCAUUACCUUCCUUCCAGUGCUCAAAACCGUAACUUCCAAACCAGCACAAUCGGAAUCAGAGCCAACCAAGUCAAGUUUUACAACAUCAACGUAGCCAAUACAGCUCGUCGAACUCAAGUGGAUGGACAAGCCGUAGCGGUUUUUGCUGGUGGCAAAGACCAUGGCUUUUACGCCUGCCGCUUCAUGGGUAACCAGAACACAGUGGCUGCUAACAACGGCCGUAUCAUCAUGGCUUAUUCAUACGUCAGUGGUGAUGUCGACUUUUUCUUCGGUCAAAAAGGGUUUUUGUGGUCUGAAAAAUGCGACAUUGAGGUGGUGGGUGAUGGUUGGAUUACUGCCAAUGGUAACAACAGUCCAAAUCCUGAAUCAGAGUUUGUUUUCAACCGUGCGAAUGUCUUUGGUAACGGCAAAACAUUCCUAGGUCGUCCAUGGCAACCAUACUCUCGCUGUACUUUUCAGAACAGUAGACUGAGUGCAAUUGUGGAUUCAAAGGGAUGGGAUGAGUGGAAUGGCGUGUCUUUAGACAAUGUUUACUUUCGAGAGUAUAACAACAAUGGUGACGGUGCCAAAACCGUUCGACGUGCUAAAUUCAGUGGCAUCUUGAAAAAAGCGAAGACAAUUAAUGAAAUCCUUGGAAACGUCCAAAACGAUUUCAUUUACGACAGUCGCUUCAUGUAG